AUGUCAAAAACCCAGCAAAUAUUUAAAAAAAAAGAAAAUGAUUUAGUUAAAUAUCCAACUCCUCCUAAACCUAAAAUAAGUGCCAUUGGAGUUGAAGACCACGCAUAUGACAUUGUGCCUGAAGAAUUUAACAACUGUGCAGAAGUUAACAACCAUGGGGCAAUAAAUGGAAACUCUAUCAUUGUAUGUAGUCCCACUCAUACUCUAGCCUGCACAAAUAAUUUCUCGAACGGUAUCUCUGGCUGCUCCGUAAGCAAACAAUUUGGCAUGCAGCAGGCUCAUUUAAUCCAGGUCGUGACUGACUUGGCCAAACAAAUGUCUGAAUUGAAUAGAAAAGUUGACAUACUUUUAGGGACACAUACAGCAGAUAGCUUUAAUGCAUAUACACAAGAUAAUUUAGAAAUUUCUGAAUUAUUAGCUACUCUUCCAGUAAAGGAUGAUGCGAGUUUUUGUCAUUUCAAUGACCAGUUACAAAUAGUCCGGAACAAACAGGCAAUUGUAUCAUUUUUGGCUGGUAUUGGCGGUAGAAACAUUCGAAGUCUAACCACUAAUAUGUUGAAAAGAAUACUACAAGACGAAGUUGCCGAGCUAUAUUCCUUAACUGGAAAACAAAUGAAGAACUCCAAUAAAAAACCAUUUUUAAAGACAGAAACCUGUAAAAUAAUCUUACAAAUCUGCAAGAAAGUUUACGAAGAUGCGACAGAAGAAAACCUGAAAGAAAUAAUUAGCGAUUGGCUGAAUCAGGCUAAAGUUAGGACAACAAGAAGGGCAGAAAGACUAAACAGACAAGCAUAACCCUUAUAAAGGCAGAGGCGAUAUUUUAAACAUAGCUAAUAUGAGAAAAUGGAAGAAUCCUUCAGCAUUUUCAAUUGAGAAAACCAUUAUUAUAUAGUUGAUAUAUAUUGCUUUCGUACCUUAUACUUACUUUUUUCAUCAGUAUUUAAUUUUGGUGUUAAGAAAUCCACGGCAAUAAGUGGUCAAUUUAUGCACUACGCCUGUUAAGGAAGGUGAGUUAUCAUAUCACUGUUUUAAUAGAGAAUAUAUGUCAAAUCAAGUGUACUAAUAGGUAGAGUGCAUAUAUUUACCACGUGUUUUUUUUAAUUAUUUAGGUUUUUUUACUGUAGAUGUAUUCCCCAGUGUAUAACUGGGGUCUUAUUAAGGGAUAAAUAACGAGUCUGUGCAUUAAGUAACAAUACUGUAUGUUGGUACUCUUUAUAUAUUAUUAUUGCAUACUGACACCAGUCAGUUUAACCAAUAGUGCUUUAAUAGUACAUUACGAUACAAGUGCGAAAAAUAGGAAAUUCGAAACGAGUGGCGAUAAAUUAAAACACGACCGAAGGGAGUGUUUUAAAUCGACACGAGUUGCGAAUUACCUAUUCGCACAUGUAUCGUACAACGUUUUACAGUACAUAUGGCCCUUUAAAUGUUCGACACAGUAACGUAAUAUGCUACUUCUCGCACUAGUGCUAUAAAGUAGCCCCAUAUGUACUGUAAUAGUUAUUUACGAUACAAGUGCAAAAAAUAGGAAAUUCGCAACGAGUGGUGAUAAAUUAAAAUACGACCGAAGGGAGUGUUUGAAAUCGACACUAGAUGCGAAUUACUGAUUCGCACGUGUAUCGUACAACGACCCAUAUGUACUGUAUAUGGGUCUUUAAAGUUUCGACAUAUGCACAGAAAGUGCUCAUUCCCGCACGCGUGCGGGAAAGUAGCACCAUAUGUACUGUAAAAUAAUAUGUUGUGUUCCAUACCUAAUAAAUACUGUAAUAAAAUCUUACACAAUUACCCAUGAAUAA